UAGACAAAAAAAUAUUGAGUCUAAUUGAAUCGGAAAAAAUGAAGGCUAGGAGGGUGUGCAUAUUGGCCGCCCUUGUGGUGCUGUUUGUGGGCAGCAUUGUUGCCCAAGCUGAUAGCAAUGGCAACGGCAAUGGAUAUGGAGAGGAAGAUGGAAACAAUGGCAACGCCAAUGGCAAUGGCAACUUGGGGCCGAACAACGGCAACGGCAAUGGCAAUGGCAACGGGGAUGGCAAUAAUGGAAAUGGCAACGGCAAUGGCAACUUGGGAGGCAACAACGGCAACGGCAACGGAAAUGGGAAUGCCGGAGGUAACAACGGAAACGGCAAUGGAAACGGAAAUUUGGGAGGAGGCAACGGCAACGGCAACGGCAAUGGAAAUGGAAAUGGAAAUGGAAACGGAAAUGACCAAGGAGGCGACGAGAAUGACGGUGACUGGCAGGGCGGAGACGACGAGGAAGACAACGGCCAGAAAGCAAGGAGGCCGUCACCUCCUCCUCCGCCACCUGCUCGCGUCAUUCCUUCCGGUAAUUACGAAUCAUUAUCAGCGGUCCCAAAUUCCGGGCAGGAAAGAGGUAAGUGCCUCGGCGCGGGAGCAUGCCAGUAUAAGACGCUGACCUGCCCGUCGGACUGCCCGGAGAGGAAGCCGAAGAAGAACAGGAAGCAAAAGGGCUGCUUCCUCGACUGCAGCAGCAGAUGCCAAGCCACCUGCAAAUGGAGGAAGCCCGACUGCAACGAGAAGGGGUCGGUCUGCUACGACCCGCGGUUCGUGGGAGGCGACGGCGUGAUGUUCUACUUCCACGGAUCAAAGGGCAAUGACUUCGCCAUCGUGUCGGACCACAACCUCCACAUCAACGCACACUUCAUCGGCAACAGGCCCGCCGCCAGGACUCGCGACUUCACCUGGGUUCAAGCCCUCUCCCUCAUGUUCGACGCCAACACGCUAGUCCUAGCCGCCAACCGAGUCUCCCACUGGGACAACAACACCGACGCCCUCCUCGUCAAGUGGAACGGCCACUCCAUCUCCGUUCCCACGGAGGGCGAGGCCGAGUGGAGCAGCAGCAGCAGCAGCGGCGCAAGGCAGGUGGUGAUCGAGAGGACCGUGGACGUGAACACGGUGAGAGCGAGCGUGUCGGGGCUGGUGCAGAUGGACAUCAGGGUGACCCCGAUCGGAGAGAAGGAAAAUAGGGUUCAUCACUACGAGUUGCCGUCGGAUGAUGUGUUCGCUCAUCUUGAGGUGAACUUCAAUUUCUUCAAUCUGUCGGAAGGCGUGGAGGGGGUUCUGGGGAAGACAUACAGGGGUGGGUAUGUGAGCCCGGUGAAGAGAGGAGUGGCGAUGCCUAUCAUGGGAGGUGAGGACAAGUACAGGACUCCCUCGCUCUACUCGCCUUCCUGCAAGAUGUGUCUCUUCCAGAGGCCCUCCAUUGAUGUGCUCUGAGUCUCACCUUCAUCAUAUAUCUUCUUCAAUCACCUACACAAAUAAAUGUUGCCUCAUCAACUAUAUUAGCCAACAACUUGAUUGAGCCACUUAUUUCAAUUUUAGGAAACGAUCUCUUGUUCUGCGACUUCCUGCCCCUAUUUUACGCACCUAUUUGAUGAUCAAAUAUAUUAAAUUAAUUAUGAUGCAAGGUUAAUCUAAAUAGUGUACUAUAAUACUAAUAUAUUGUAAUGAAAAGUCUGUUGUU